AUGUAAUAUAUACGUUUUCCUACAUCUAAAAUAGAAUAAGGAACAGAUGCAAUGCAUACCAAUUGCGACUACUCAGCCGUAUAUAUUAAUUUAGUAACUUUAAAUUUACAAGGUCCAUCCCAUGAAUCUCCUAUAGGAAUCAGCAUAAUAUUUACUAUAGGGAAAGGUACAGAAACAAUUUUAAAAUGUCUAGAAGAAUUAGAAGAUUUAUUCAUAGGUUUAACUUUAGAUUCAAUUAUAGAUGAUUUUUCUACUUUUUGGAACAAACUAACAUGCGAUCCCUAAAUGAGAUGGAUAGGCCCAGAAAAAGGAGUUAUACAUAUGGCAGUAGGAGGAGUAGUAAAUGCAAUAUGGGAUUUAUGGUCUAAAAUAGAAAGAAAACCUCUUUGGCAGCUUUUAGUAGAUAUGGAACCAGAAAAGCUAAUAGAUUGUUUAAACUUUUCCUAUAUAACAGAUGUGUUGACUAAAAAAGAAGCUCUUGAAAUCCUAAAUAAGAAUUAAAAUAGUAAAAAGGAAAGAGUAGAUUAAUUAAAAAAACUUGGAGGUUAUCCAGCUUAUACAACAGCAGUUGGUUGGGCAGGAUAUUCAGACGAAAAAGUAAUAGAAAUGAUAAAAUUAAGUAAAAAAUAAGGCUUCAAUGCGUUUAAAGCAAAAGUGGGAUGUGGUCUCGAGCGAGAUCUUCAUCGUUUAACUUUAAUCAGAAAUGAAAUAGGAAAAGACUCUAUUUUAAUGACUGACGCUAAUUAAGUUUGGAGUGUAGAAUAGGCUAUUUCUACUAUGAAAAAGCUAUCUCAUUUAAAUAUUUUGUGGAUUGAAGAACCUACAGCUCCUGAUGAUGCGGUUGGGCACAGUGAAAUUGCGAAAGCAUUAAAUCCAUUAGGAAUUAAGGUUGCUACAGGAGAACAUGCUCAUAAUAGAAUUCUGCAUAAAUAAUUAAAUGUCCUUAACAGUUAUUAAUUUGUGUAAAGUGAUUCUUGUAGAGUCGGAGGUUUAAAUGAGCUUAUUGUAAUCUAGUUAAUGGCGAAAAAAUUCCAUAAACCCGUGUGUCUACAUGCAGGAGGAGUUGGAUUAUGUGAAAUGGGUAUUCAUGCAGCUAUUUUUGAUUUCGUUGCUGUUUCAGCUUCUUUAGAAUAGAGGUGGUUAGAGUAUUCAGGGACUUUACAUGAACAUUUUAUCCACCCAGUAAAUAUUAAUGAUGGUAAGUAUAUGCUUCCGUCAGCUAUUGGAUAUGGUUUAGAAAUGAAAACUGAAUCUAUUGCUUAAUUUGUUUAUCCUAACGGUUCCUAUUGGUAAAGUGCUGUUGGAUUAAGCAAAUUCACACCUUUUAAAGGUAUUAUGGCAGCUACUUUUGCCCCCUUUAAUACAGAUGGAAGUAAAUUAAAUUUGGAAAUUAUACCUUAAAUUGCAGAUGAUUUAGUUAAGUAAAAAGUUUGUGGAAUAUUUGUUAAUGGAACAUCUGGUGAAUUCACAUCUUUAACAGUUUAUGAAAGAAAGUAAAUUUUAGAAAAAUGGUGUUAAACUAGAGAAGUUAAUGAAGGGAAAUUACAUUUAAUCGCCUAAAUAGGAAGUAGCGUUUUUUCAGAAUCUGUUGAACUUGCUUUGCAUGCUUCUUAAUUAAAAAAUGUCCAAGCUAUAGCUUUUAUAGCUCCUAGUUAUUUCAAACCAAAAAAUAUAGAAGAAUUAGUUUCUUUAAUAAGUUAGAUUGCUAAAAAAGUGCCUUAAAUGCCAUUUUAUUAUUACCAUUAUCCAAAUAUGAAUGGAGUAAACUUUGAAGUGAAAAAAACCCUUGAUUUAACUAAAGAAAUAUGUCCAAAUAUUGUUGGAGUAAAAUUUACAGAUAGUAAUUUUGCCGAUUUAGGAAGAUGCGCUUCUAGUGGGUAUAAUGUAUUGGUAGGAGCUGAUAAUAUGCUUUUUUCGGCUUUGGCGGCUGGAGCAGAUGGUGCUAUUGGAAUUUCAUAUAAUUUUACGGGAGUUUUACAUAAUUAAAUUUAUGAAAAUUUUCUUUAAAAUGAUUUUUAUGUAUGCCACUAGCUAUAAGAAUAGAGUAGAGUUAUUUUGGAAAAAAUAAAUUAUUAUGGAAUCUAUCCUUGCUCAAAAUUUUUAAUGAAUUCAAUUAGAGGUUUUGAUCUUGGACCUUUAAGAUGGCCUAUUGGAAAUCUAAAUUAAGAAUAGAAAAAAAAUAUAUUGAAUGAAAAUACUUUUGAAAUAUUAAAAUAAUGAAAUUUAAAUAAAAUAUUAUUUUACUUUGCGAAAUUUAGUUUAUUUAUAAAUUUUAUAUUUUUAAAUUUAAAAAAAAAUAGA